CAAACGUCUGUCAGACGAGUUUGAGUUAACAUCUGGAUAUUUUCUUUCUUCUCUGUCAAAGAGAUUUUAGUAAGGAGUUGGUUCGUGCUAUAUUUAUAUAUGUAUGCAAGAAAAAAUUAAGGAUUUGAAUAUAAUAAUGAUUUAUCAUGGAUUCGCAAUGCUACUCCUAAUCAGCGUCUCUUAUCAACGUCAAUUUGAUAAUGUGCCAACCGGAGAUCCACCGAAAUUGAAGCCUGGUUCAAAAAGAAUAUAUCAAUUUCGACCUGGGGAGAAUUUAAAAUUGAUUUGCCCAAUCGAAAAUGUCAAAGGUCAAUCGAAAGGAGGUUUCCUUUGGAAAUAUCGCGAUAAAACUCAAUUAGUAGAUAUUGAGAGCUAUGAUGAAACAAUAAAAGUAAAAGGACCGAAAUUAAUUAUUAAAAAUGCAACUGAAAGUGAAGAAGGGGAAUAUCAGUGCGAAGGGAUUAACGGAUUCGGAAAGGCCGUUUUCCGCCUAUAUGUUUUUAUAACAAAUGGCACGAAUAAGAAAAAGGAUGUUUUUUCUCCGAAGUUUAUACAAAAGAGGCCAGAAUUAGACAGAAUCGUUAAAAAAGGUCAAGAUGUAAAAUUUUUUUGCGGUUAUAAGAGUAAUCCACCACCAACACUGGAAUGGUAUCACAACGACACGCGUUUACUCGAAAAGCGUGAUAAGAAAUUCUUAACGAUAGAAAGCGUUGAUUAUGAGGAUAGCGGGAGUUAUCGAUGCGAAGUUGGCAACGUUCUUGGUGUUGUAAAGAGAGUUUGGAGUUUAAAAAUAGGAAGAAAAGAACAUACCAACCUCAUAAGAAACGAGUUUAAAUACGAAAAUUCUAAAAGAAGCCUUAUUGUUAAUCGGUUUCAAGAUGCAAGACUCAACUGCAAAAUUCGAUUAAGAAAUUCAGCAAACGACGAUAAGAAAGUUAUAAUUAGGGUAAAAGAAGAUGAUAAUAUAUUCCUUUUUUAAAGUAGAGAUAAGUUGAAAAUAAGAAUAAAAAGUAAAAUGAUUAAGACACCCAUUUGAGGUGCUAACUGAAGAGAAGAAGGGGGAAUGAUAGAAAUGGUCUUGGAGGAUUUUACUAGUAUUCCUAAGAUGGAUAAAUUCGAUCUAAUCUUAUCUAUUUUGUUUACAAUCGUUAAGGAUUGCUUUUUGGGAUGAGUGGGCUUCUAUUUAUGUAUAUUAAAUUACAAUUUAAUAUAUAUGUAUAAAGAGUUUAUUUACAAUAUUGUAUUUAUCUACUUAAAAAAGUUCAAUGUUUCUUCUACUCUUUUCAGUGGGCAAAAGUUGAUACGAAAGAGAAAAUAACGUUAAAUUCAUCCGUUCUGACUAUGAGAGACAUGGAUUUUCAUUAUAUUAAUCACACCAGUGUUGAAGAUAAUAACGGCAUUUAUAAAAGUGUGCUUAAUAUUCGAGCAGUUGACUAUAAAAGUUCAGGAUAUUAUGCUUGCUUCAUCGUCUAUGGUACUCUGAUGGAAGCUGAACUUUUUCAAGUAAAAAUCGGCGACGUUAUAGAAGAUAGUUCUACUCAAACAAUUUUAAUAGCAAGCGUAUCGGGAGGAUUACUUUUUUUACUUGUGCUCGUUCUCGUUUGCGUAUUUAGUAGGCAUAGGAAGAAUUCAAAUUCUUCAACAAAUCGAAGUACUAAAAGCUCAUCGAGCAACUCAAGUUGUGUAUAUAAAAAAUGUACUCCACAGCCUCAUAACCAGAAGAUUAUGAUGAAUUAUUACGGGCAGCAAUGUGCUCCCGUUCCACAAACUGAUUUUGGAGUAAUCUCUCAUCAUACAAUAAGCAGCAAUGAUGAAUCUUCACAUUCUAAGGAUAUAAUGGUCGGUUAUGGGGGACAAUGCCAGUUUAUUCCGCCCGCUUCAACAAAUAACGCGCAGUUCGUGUGAUAAACUCACUAACUCUUUCUCCCUUCCCCUCUCUCUCUCUCUCUCUCUCUCUCUCUCUACCUUUCUCUCUCUCUCUCUCUCUCUCUCUCCCUCUCUCCCUCUCUCCCUCUCUCUCUUUCAAACUGUCAACCUCCAUCUCUACCUUCCUUUUCAAUUUAUUACAGGGUACAUUUGGUACAUGUUUUCGAUACAGGGUAAAAAACAAACUACAAACUUUAGACUUUUUAUGUUGUUUAUGCUUAAAGUCUUUUUUUUUUUGUUGAUACUUUUUUGCAAUAUGCAAAAUAAUAAUAAAUGCUUGAAAACCAUA